UUCACUAGCUUUUGGGCCUCGUUUAUGGGCCUUCAAUCAGCUAAACAUGUCAUUUAAGUAGUGAGCCAAUUAUUUUUGAUGUAACUUGUAACUGUGGGACUGGUUUCCUUUCAGCUGGUUAUGAUUCCCAGCGGAAGACUUGCCAAAUUGAAUGCAAUUUAUUAAACUAACAACACACUCUCUGCCCAUCUUCGUGGGGGAUCGUUAGAAACUGAAACUGGAUCCUCAGACAGCUUGCGUUGAUAUAUGACUUAAGUCUCGCCACCUCUUGCCAUACUUAUAAGCGAUUUCCCUCAGGAUCUCGAGCGAUCUCGGUAGCGAAACAUGCCCGGCACCUCGUAUCCCACGAAUAAUGAUAAUUUCAGCAACGGAUUUCCGAUGGCCACCACACAAAGUGAGCGCCUGCUGCAGGCUCAGAAUCGCAGAAAGUUCAGUUUCCCAGCCACCCUCCAUUCCGCAUCGCUUUUGGAGGUGGGUGGUGGCCCCAAGGAGACCACGAGGCGGAGGUUGAGCAAUGUCAGCGAUGCCGUCACCAGGAAACUCUCCUAUACGAUUGGCUGGAAGGCGGCACAGAUUCCUGCGCAGGAUAUCAUUUCUCAGGGUCGUUGCCUGUGCGGUCAUUACAUCAAGAGACGUCUGAGAAGAUCCGGUUUGUUCAACAAAAAGCUGGGACUGCAGCGCAUACGCAGCAUACUGGGCUCCACAUCCAUGGGCAUUGUGCGAGAUGUGUUUCCAGCGGUCCAAGUGCUGGGCGAUGAACUGGAGCGCAUGCAUCCCCGAGUUUACACCGGAGUAGCGCGUCAGAUUUGCCGGAAUCCGGGUGGUGAGUUCCAUACCCCGGAUGCAGUGAGCUUGCUCUUGGGCGCCGUGGGCCGGGAGCUCUUUCGGGUGGAGAUCACCUGGAGCAAGGUGAUCUCAUUGUUUGCCAUCGCCGGCGGGCUGUCCGUUGACUGUGUACGGCAAGGACAUCCGGAAUACCUGCCCAAGUUGAUGGAGAGCGUUUCGGAGGUGAUCGAAGAUGAGCUGGUUCCAUGGAUUAACGAGAAUGGUGGCUGGAGCGGCAUCAACACACAUGUUUUACCCACUACCAACAGCCUGAAUCCUUUAGAGUGGACCACUUUGGUCAUAGGCGUAGUGUUCGGCCUGAUUCUAGUUUUUAUGAUUCUGCGAUUUAUAUUUAACGCGAUUGUACCAAAAAUAUACCAACGGUUUACGAAUUGACCCUUAAA